AUGCCGUCCGAAGCAUCUGCUUCACUUGCAGGAGCAGCCAACCCAACCUGCGAGAACUGCGGCACAAACAUAGGCCUCCAACGCAUUGACGGUACCAAGGUCAACGAUCUCGUCGACUGCCUGCGAGAUCGCCUGUCACGAGACGUUCACGGCAACUUCUUCCUCGAGGGCGCGAAGACUGGCAAAGAUACAAGGCACGGGCAGCUCGGUGACCUUUUCAGCUUGCUGGCCAACCUCGAGGGCUUUAAGGCGACCAUGGACAAACACAUCGCCCUUCACUCUCCCAAGGAGGUUGUCAAGCCAGAGAAGCCGAUCACGAUGAAUCAGAAUAUGACCGCUGUCGUCAAGUCAAUGGUGGAGCAAAUGAUGGACGGCCAACUUCGGGACCUUUCUAUCCGCUGCGAGCGUCUCGAAGGAGAACUAAAGGAUGUCAAGAAGUCUCGAAAUCUCACGGUUGCGAAAGUGAGCAAAACGGCGUCAACCGGCACCGAGUCCUCACACAGUGCAGCAGCAAGGAAGGUGGUGUCAGCCGAAGUGGCGAAAGUCGAGACACGCCUGACCACGACGGUCAGCACUCAAGUGGCGAAUCUCGACCUCCGCAUCGCCGGAGUGACGAACAAGCAAUCGGAAUCCAGCACUCACGGUGAUCGCAUACAUGACCUAGAGAGAGCCAAUGGCAUAAGCGACUACGACAUACGCGGUCUCGAAGCAAGAAUGGCCGAUGUGGAGCGGAAUUUUGAGCUUCGAGCGGAGGCAGAGACACAGCCUGACGUCAAGUCUCAUGAAGACCGACUUUCCUACCUAGAAUACGAAGUCACGCGCUUAGCGAUAUCGAAGGAUCUAGUGCUGGACGAUAUCGGCAAGCUCAGGAGUACUGUCGGAAAGUUGAAGGAUUGGCAGCACGACAUGACGCGCUGGAAAGCAGACUCGAAUGCCGCAGGCAGGGCAACUGAUGAGCAGGUCGCUCGCUUGCUGAGGCGUGGCGAUGUGACGAGGAAUGGCUGGGGGACUUACAGGCACAGACGGAUGGACUGA